ACGAUUCCCUUCGCUAAUUGUUUCAUUCAUUGGCAGCCAUGUGGAGCCGUUGGAUUGUCAUUUUGCUCUCAGUGCUUUAUGGGACACUGCCAGCAGCCCUCAAGGCAGCCAAGUGCAAGGCAGCGCCCAAGUCUGUGCAGAAUGUGCAAAUCUGUUGUCCCGCUCCUAUGGCCAAUUGGGCUGUCUACCACAGCGAGUGCCGCGACUCUGGACAGCAGCCAAGCUGCCGUUUGGACUGCAUUUUUAAUGCCAGCUCGGUAUUGCAGGGCUCCCGCCUAAGACUCGACCGCGUGCGCCCCAUGCUGCAGCGCGCCUUCAAUCAGCAGCCCAUUGUCGAUGCGUACCGCACGAACUUUGGCAAUUGCUCCACGCUGGUGUACAACAAGUACCAGGAGCUGACCGGUGUGAGUCGCCAGAGUGAUGCCUGCGACAGGCACGCCCUCUUCUACAGUCUCUGCGCCUAUUUUCGGCUGAUGCGGGACUGCCCCGCGGCCCACUGGCAGCGCAACAACAAAAUGUGCCAGGAGGCGCGCACCUACACGAGGAGUUGCUUCUGGCCCGCAUUCAAGAGCUUCAUGAACAACACCUAAAUAAAGUGGAGA